AUGACUAUAGUAGAGAGUAGUGAAAGGCAUGCCCAUGAGCUAACAGAAAAUGAGCGUACGGCCAUCAAACUAUUUGAAUUGGCGGAAGAAAGAGAAGUACAAGGCCAAUUAUCAGAUUCGGUUAAGUACUAUCGACAGGCCACUAAGCUUUGUCAUAAUGUUGAAACUAUCUAUCGACAAAAGCAUUUACCAGGUCUUGUUAAGAAGCUACAACAAGAAAGAGGACACAGCAGAAAGGUUGAUGAAGACCAAGUGAAGAGAAUUAACGUGGAUAAACUAUUACAGUCGUUUGAAUAUGCUGAAGUCAUACCAUUUGAUCCGAAUAAUCCAGAUCAUCUAGAGCCUGGUAGUAUGGUGAUAAAAUUAGGAAUCACCGAUACUGAAGUACCUCAAAUAUCUCCGUUACUUGAUUUACAUGAUGAUAUAUGGGUAAAUAUUUUGGAAAUUCUUAUUAGUACAGAUUGCCAAUCUUGGUUCAAUUUCUCCAUGACUUGUAAACGGAAUGCUUAUAUUGGAUUUGGAAACCAAUACAUUUGGAAAUACCUUUGGAAUAGAAUAUAUCCAUCACAAAUUUAUGAUGGGUUAACGAUGGAAAUGAAGGUUCAAAUGUUAGAAGCCAAAUUGAAUCUUCAAUAUGGUUCUAAACCUAAACAAAUGCUUAAAACCCAACCAUAUAUAAGAUUUGGUGGGAUCUAUAUUAGUGUGGUGAACUACCUAAGCGAAGGUGGUAAACUGUAUGAUUCAAGUAGUUGGAUUAAUCCUACUCGAACUAUUACAUAUUAUCGAUAUUUCCGAUUUUAUCCUGAUGGUCAAUGUUUAAUGUUGCUAACCUUUUUAGAACCAAAACAAAUUGUACCCUUUAUCCAACGUGGAAAGCAAUAUGCUACACCCACAACUGAUAGCAAUAGUACUGGUGGUGGUGGUGGGCUAGACGAAUACAAAUCUGAACCCAGUAGAAUUUAUUGUGGAUCAUGGACUCUAGAUGAUUCUACUUCUAAACUAACAAUCGUGGUUACUAAUGGACCUAGUCCUCAUCAUGUUUAUUAUUAUACAUUUGUCAUUAAGAAUAUGGCCCAUUAUUAUCAUGGGAAACUUAAUUGGGAAGCCAUGGAAUCAGUGAGAAAACCUGUCGUAGGUGAAGUGCCUUCAAGAGAGGGCGAAGUUAGUCAGUUAUCGAUAAGAAAGGAGAAACCAUUUAGAUUUCUGAAAGUUAAAUCAUAUCAAUAUUAG